GAAAAUUCGGCGCACAGCCUCAGUUGACGUCGUUGCGUGUUGGCUGCCAGCGUAAAAGACACAACCUUCACGUCCGUUGCGAAGAAAGUCAAUAAAAAACGAAAUUAACAUAACUUGUGUUCAAAUUAAAUAUGUGAAAAACGCAAAACGGAGUGAAUUAAAAUUACAUUCAGUUAAUGCUGAAAGCAAUGUGAAUUGUCGCUUGAAGGUGACGAAUGGAAGUAUUGAUGAAUGUCAAGUGAAGAAAAUCCAAUCAAUACAAAUUCAGUGUCAAGCUUGUUAAAAGCCAACAAGGCCUGUGUCGCCCACAACACACGGCUAAAAGGAAAAACGGAGACGGCAACGACAAAACGUCAAACGGCAAACGGCAAAACGGGCAGAAAAGCGAAAGAAAAAAUAAAACGGCCAAAAUAGACGCAUUCUGUCUGUGCGUGAGUGUGUGUGUGUUGUGGCAUGCUCGAGUUUAAAUUUGCAUUAGGUGUUGGUUUUGGUUUUGGCCCACUUUAGCUGCCAAAUCGAUUUCUACUUAAAUAUUAUGAAACACCUGCGCGACGACCACUGUGACCUCUGAAGCUGCCCUCAGGACAGUGUUAACGUUAACGGCAUUUUCCAAUAGCAGUGUUAAUCAAUAGAACCAGCUGCAGCCGAGCAUAAGUGACAAUGACGUUAUAAUCAGGCAUUCGUUAUGAGGUUGAGACGCUGCAGAACUUAGCGCAUCUAUGCCGAAUCGGCCCUAAAACCAUUCACAAUUUCAAGCCAUAUCGUAUUGGAGUACCAGAGAGAAGAGGUAGAAGAGGAGGAGCGAAGCUUUAAAGCAAAAUGUGGACUAGAGAAAACGCAGCCAGCAAGUGGCUGCUGGCCUUGGCAGCCAUCUUUGGAUUUCUAACAUUCGUAUGGAUUCCAUCUGCCUCAGCCGAAUGUCAAACGCGUUCGAUUUACUGUUACGAGUGUGAUUCCUGGACGGAUGCACGCUGCAAGGAUCCCUUCAACUACACCGCCCUGCCCCGCGAUCAGUGGUGCGACGCAUGUGUACGUCACAGUUACAAAUCAAUUUAUUCAUGGUCGAUCACGUGUGCAUGAUGGAAAGUUCAGGCAAUGGACAUAUGUGCUUUUGUGAGGAAGAUAUGUGCAAUUCUAGUCAAAGUUUCAAGUCAUUCGCAAGCCACGGUUACCAGCAUUACCUCAUGA